AAACAAUCAAUUUAAAAUUCAUGUGUUUUUUAAAUAUUACUAAAUAUAUUUUAAUAUUAUUACGCAGUCAUAUUUGUCAGACAUCUUGAACAGUCUUCUUGAUAAGAUCGGAUAUGAAGAAUAUAUUAAGGAUGAUGAUAUGAUAAAAUCUUUAAGAUUAUUAGGAUUAAGAUGGGCUUGUAAAUUCGGUCAUAAAUUAUGUAAAGAAGCUGCCACUGUUAAACUUAGUUUGUUUGUCACAUAUCCCUCUAAAAUUCUACCGUGGUGGAAGGAAUGGAUAUAUUGUGCAGGUAUGAUGGACGCAAGUCCAUAUCUCUGGAAUCAGUUUUUAGGUGAUCAAUCUGGUAUCUAUAGUCAAGAGAAUUUAACGUAUCUGGCAUGUACUGAACAUGAAAAUCUUCCCUUUCAUUAUUUGAAUCUUCUUUGGACAUUGAAACAUGGACAAUUAAAGAUAUUAAACAGCGUCUGUACAGAUCCAGAAAAGUCUUAUGAAAUUAUUUUUACAGUAUAUCGUUCUUUUGUAAAGAAACAUGCAAGAAAGAAUGCUGUGUUGAAAUAUAUCUUAGAUCAUUAUUCGAGAUUAUCGUCAACGUAAUAUUUCUUUCAUAUAUGUACGCAGUUUAUUAUAGAAUUUUAUUUAAGGAUUAAUAAAUUUAACCUGUU